AUGACCCCCAUCCUCAAGGUCCUGCUCUGCCUUGGCUUGGGUCUGGGCCUCAGGACUCCAGUGCAGGCAGGGACCCUCCCCAAACCCAUCAUCUGGGCUGAGCCAGACUCUGUGAUGACUUGGGGGAGGCCGGUGAACAUCUGCUGUCAGGGGACCCUGGGGGCCCAGGAGUACCAUCUGGAUAAAGAGGGAAGACCAGCAAUCUGGAUCAGACAGAGCCCACUGGAGCCUGGGAACAAGGCCAAGUUCCCCAUCCCGUCCGUGACAAAGCACUAUGCAGGGCGAUAUCAAUGUUACUAUCGCAGCCCUGCUGGGUGGUCAGAGCACAGUAACCCCCUGGAGCUGGUGGUGACAGCCUUGCCCAGCCCUGUUGCGACCUCAGGAGAGAACGUGACACUCCAGUGUUGCUCACGAGUAGGAUUUGGUGGAUUCGUUCUGGCUGAGGAAGAACACAAGCUCCAUCAAACCCGGGUCUCACAGCGGCACAAUGAGCAGGUCCAGGCCCUGUUCCCUGUGGGCCCUGUGACCCGCAGCCACAGAUGGACAUUCAGAUGCUUCGGCUAUUACAUGCACAUACCCCAGGUGUGGUCAGGCCCCAGCGAUACCCUGGAGCUCCUGGUCUCAGGAGUAUCCAGAAAGCCCUCCCUCCUCACCCAGCAGGGCCCUGUCGUGGCCUAUGGAGACAGCCUGACCCUCCAGUGUCGCUCUGAGGUUGGCUACAACAGAUUCGCUUUGUCCAAGGAGGGGGGCUGUGACCUCCCCCAGGGCUCUGGCUGGCAGACCCAGGCUGGGCUCUCUCAGGCCGACUUCCCCCUGGGUCCUGUGAGCCACUCCCAUGGGGGCAGGUACAGGUGCUACGGUGCACACAACCUGUCUUCUGAGUGGUCAGCUCCCAGUGACCCCCUGGACAUCCUGAUCGCAGGAUGGAUCCCUGACAGACCCUCCCUCUCAGUGCUGCCGGGCCCCACGGUGACCUCAGGAGUGAACGUGACCCUGCUGUGUCAGUCAAAGAGCCAGAUGGACACUUUCCUUCUCUUCAAGGAGGGGGCAGCUUAUCCCCCCUUGCAUCUUAGAUCAAAGUACCAUGCUCGGCAGUACAGGGCUGAAUUCUCCAUGAGUCCUGUGACCUCAGCCCACAGGGGGACCUACAGGUGCUAUGGUUCAAAAAGCACCUCCCCCUACCUGUUGUCAUACCCCAGUGACCCUCUGGAGUUUCCUGUUUCAGGGUCCACUGGUGGCCCGAGUCCCCCACCUACAGGGCCCUUCUCAUCACCUGGAGGCCCUGAGGAGCAGCCCACCACCCCCACCGAAGCUGGACCACUGAGUGUUCUCAAAAAGUACCAGAACAUUCUGAUCGGGGUCUCAGUGGCCUUCAUCCUGCUGCUCUGCAUUCUCCUCUUCCUCCUCAUCCAACACCAGCAUCAGAGCAAACAGAAGAAGUUGGCUCCUGCAGGGGCUUCAGCACCAGAGUCAAAGGACAGAGGCCUACAGAAGAGCUCCAGCGCAGCUGCUGACAUCCAGGAAGAAAAUCCCUAUGCUUCCAUAAAGGACACACAGCCUGAGGACGGCAUGGAGCUGGACAGUCAGCAGAGCCCACUUGAUGAACACCCCCAGGAAGACAUAUACAGCAAGAAAAGCCACUCAAGACUCAGGCAGGAAGUGGCCACCCAUCCUUUCCCCAUAGCAGGGGAAUUCUUGGACUCAAAGAACAGACAAGCGGAAGAGGAUAGGCAGAGGGAGAGUCAGGGGGGUCCUUUCCUCUCCAGGCCCCCAGAAUUCCCCCCAACCCCAGUCAUGUACCUUCCAUCUCACUCUCCCCCACUCCAGGCUGCUUCAUCUCAAGAUCCCCAGGAUGUGACCUAUGCCCAGCUGAACAGCUUGAUCCUCAGACAGGAGAGAACUGAACUUCCUUCGCCCCAGGGCGGUGACCCUGCAGCUGAGUCCAGUGUGUACGCUGCUCUGGCCACUCACUAG